AUGUGUUUCACUGAAUACUUCUCAGAGAAUACUCAUGUGAGCAUUGCCUUAACAGUGCCACAGGGUGAUUUUGCAAAGCCUUCCGAUCUGUAUGCAGUAAGAGGAAUUGUGAAGGAUUCAUAUGGACUCCAAGUGGCCUCUGUCAAUAUGUUUAAACCAAUCGGAACACAACAUAUCAAAUUCAUAACCUCAACAUUUCCAAGAGAUUUCCAUUCUAUUUGCUUUUAUUGGGAUCAUCCUUCACAGGAAACAAAUGUUGAUAUCAAAGUAGAGGAUGAAUUCCGAGUUGCUCAAGGUCAAGAAAAGAAAGAUAUCGUAGAAGUGUUAUCAGCUGUUUUGCAGGAAAUUGGAAAGAGACUUGACUCAAUCACUGAUCAACAAGCCUACUUUAAGGAAAGAGAGGAAAGAUUCAGAUACACCUCUGAAAGUACACUGGAAAGAACCUUCUUCUUUGGACUUGGUAAAUUCAUUGCCAUUGUUGGUGCUACUGCCUACCAAAUUAUUGCUUUGAGAUUAUUCUUCAAGAAAGCCAAAGUUAUAUAG